AUGGGGUUUUAUCUACCUUGCGUCGAUUGGAGGAAGCAAAAUGAUGAAGAUGUGACCACCACUUGUUUUGGAUUGUGUGAUGAAAAUUCAAUCAGGGAAUUGCCUUUUAUUCAAAACCAAGAUCUAACAAUUGAAGAUGGUGACGACACUGAUGAUGUUGCUAUUGUACCUGUUGUUAAUCAACCAUUAUCUUUGAAUAGGUACUAUGUCGUAGUGAAACAAGGGAAGCACAAAGGGGAAGCAUGGACAAAUUCAAGAGGAGAGGACAUGGGAACUAAUUUUUUUGGGGGAAGAUAUGUUAAAGAUGUCAAACCAAAACCAUUGGAUCCCUCAGACUUAUCUCAGCAAGUUGAGAUAAUUCCUAAGAAGCCUUAUUGUUUUUCUGCCAAGGCUGUUACUUCAGAUGGGUUUCCUCCUGGCUUCUUAAGGAAUAAAAACUGGCAUGUUAACAUGUCCACUCCUCGCCAUUACCGGUUGAAUGAAGCUCUCGGCCUUAACUCUUCCUUACGUGCCCAUUUUCCAAAUUUCGACUUCCCAUUGUUGAAUGGUUGUUCUGCAAGUGUGAUCGUUGGGAAGUGGUACUUCCCUUUCAUGUUUGUAAAGGAGGCAACGUUGAAUUUGAAGGACCAAAUGAAGAAAUCUAUGUUCUAUGAAAUGACACUUGAGCAGAGAUGGGAAAAGAUUUUCUCGUGUGAUAAUGAUAAUAAUAAUGAAAAGAAUGUGGUUUUUGUAGAUGUGGAUGUUCAAACAGAAAAGGUUUAUGUUGCUGGAAGAGAAGCUGUUUUGAAUGAGAGAGAAGUGAGUAGCAAUGGGGUACUGGAGUGGUUUAUGAGUUUUGAUGGUGCUGGAAAUGACUCAAGAGUGGGUGUGAGCAUGUUAGUAGUUGAGAGGAUAAAAUGGGAAGAAGAAAGAGUUGGAUGGCUUGGCUGGGAAGAAAGAAAAAUGGAGGUUGAGAAAAAUGAGGAGUAUGGAGGGAUAAGUAGGUGGACCAAAUUUGCGUGUUUUGUUUUGGUGGAGAGGUUUGUGCUGAAGAGAAUGUAUGGAAGUGCUGUGCUCAUAUAUGAAUUCAAGCACACUCAUAAUAUCAAAAGCAAAUGGGAAUGA